UUCACUUCCCUCUCAAGACAGCAGACGUAUGAUGGGUACCCACCAAGACCCCUGUACCACCCCUCCGGCUACCAGCGGCAAUACCAGCGCUCUCAAUAAAAUCAUCAGAACCGCUCAGCGAGGCGGUACCAGUGAGUCCUCAACAACAUCGGACAACACCACCGAUUUCAUUGAAAUUGUCAAGAGGCAUGAUGUCGUCUACAACACUCAUCAUCCGGACUACAAGAAUGUCGAAGUCAAAUUGAAAGUUUGGACCCAAAUAGCCAAAGAAAUCGGCCUAUCCGUGGAUGCUUCCAAGCGAAAAUGGAAAAAUCUACGCGACAGUUACACCAAAUAUUUGCGUUCCUUUCGUGUGGGCUCAAAAACUUCCAAGAAAUAUCAAUUUUGGGCACAUGCGGACAAUAUGGAUUUCUUGAAACCCUACCAGGGCCCAGGAAGAUCAAGCAGUGUCAUUUUGCAAAAAGAUGAAGAAGAAACCGAAUGUGAUUUGGGUUUCCAGGUGCUAGCAAAGGCCACCAGCAAUUCCACUGACGAAGAUGUCAAACAAACCAGUCUGGCCGGCAACACAAAUUUAUUUGCCUCCUCCCUGGCAAAUGUUUUACCCAAUUUUAUGGGUGGCGCUGGUGCGGGCAUAUUUACAACAUCCCCCCUGGCACUAACUACUAGUAGCACUUCGGGAACCAAUGGAUUUGCGCCAGCAGUACCUCUAGUUUUACCUGUGCCAUCACUACCUACUGUACAAUUGCCACCCUCAUUGACAGCUAAGCCCCUAAUGGGUGGCAUGACAAAUACAUCAUGCUCCACCAAUGGCGGUGUAUCAACAACGGCUCUGUCCACGCCUGUAUCUUCAAUUGGCAUGAGUACCAGUAACAGCAACACUGCCAUGAUACCCUCAUCGUUGGGCUCGCUUACCACCCCAUCGUCAUCUUUGGCAUCGCAAGUAUUUGCUUUGCCCCAACUAUCAGCCAAAGGACCCAUACCCAUGCCAUCCAGCAACACAGCAAGCUCGGUGGGAUGUCUCAUAAUCGAACCUCAACUCUUUGCCUCAGCCGACACCUUUAAGAAAGAGUUUGGUGCGGCUUCUUCCAGUUCCACAUCAGUCUCCAGCUCAUCAUGUAUCAGCUCUACCAUGAACAAAGGCCAGAUUACCCCCUCAAACUUAAGCAUCUAUUCGAAUAUUAAUGCUCAAAUGGCUCCAGCAUCAGCAGCAGCUAGCACAGCGAAUCUUUUAAAUCCUCCCCUCAUCACUAAGAUACGACGAGUGCAACCCUCACCACAUCAAACACCUACAGCAGCUGCUAUUAAUUUAAGUUUCAGCUCUCCAGCGCCCGUAGUAACGCCAGCGAGUUUAUCUUUACCCUCAUCCCUGGCCUAUACAGGGCCCAAUGGCUUCUUAUCCACAGCACCCAACCUGUUGCCGAAUUUCGGAGCGAAUUUUGUAUCCAAUCUAGUACCAGCAUCGACAGUCACCACCGCUUCGAAUGGUCCCUCGCCAGCCAAACGUCUCAAAAAUGCCGAAGUGGAAAUAUCCGCCAUACUGCAAGCCAAUCGAGAUCUGGAUGCCAAUACCUUGUUCUUUUUGAGUUUGGCACGUUCGGUGCGUUCCAUGCCUACCAAAUUUCAAUCGUUGGCCAAAAUGCGUUGCAUGCGCAUAGUCAGUGACAUUGAGAUGGAAUUGGACAAUGUGAAUUGUGAGGGCACUGAUAUGAAUGGUCAUAAUCCCAACAACAAAUACUGUACAAACAACAGCGAUUCUCCACCACCGGCCAUAGGCAGUCAUAUAAAUGAGCCGCCACAGUCGGAGCAUUUUGUGUAUGUCAUGUCACCCUCACGUGUGGAAAGUAUGAUCGAUUUGUCCUCAGAUGAUGAGAAUACCCAAAGUGUCAAUGCCAGUGGCAGCAGCGGAGUAGUUACAAUUGCAGGCGGCACUGGUGCUGCAACGGGUGUUGGUGGAGGGCCGGCAGGCAGUGGCAAUGGAAUCACUGGCACCAGCAAUUAGAAAAUAUUGAUCUCUUAGUAUGCCAGUUAGUCAUUAAGACCAACAAGAAAUCUUGUAUGAGUGUGUGUUUCAAAGAAUCAAUCAUUCAUUGCAUAUGCUAAUUAUUUAAGGAGCUUUUCUCUAUUAUUGCAGUAUUUAUAUUAAAAAAAAAUGCAAAACAAAACAAAUAAAAUUUGUUAAACUCUAA